UGAUCUCACAGUUUACAUGAAAUAAGUCAUGGACUGGUCGUGCAUCAACUUCCAAGAUAGAGAUUUGGCCCAGAUAGGCGCAUCUGACCUUAUGCAAACGUCAUACUAUCCAACAGUCAAGCCUCAGCCUUGGUCGAUGGAAACGUGCCCUGAUUUUCACCCGUGGUCCACAGGAUCUUGAUCUUAUCUAUUGCAUAAUCUCAAGAUGGGUAGUGCUAGAUAUAAAGGACUAGCUGGCAUUCAUUCAGAAGCUUAUUCAGAAGCUUCGAGCGACCGGUGACUCCAGAAACUUCAUACUCUUAACGAUAGACACGCACAGAAUGGCUUCAAUACGCUUACUCAAUUCGCUACCAGCGUCCAUCACCCGAUCUGGACGACUUUCCAAAGUCGCCGCUCCAAUUACGGCAUAUCGAACGUUCUCCUCGUCCACGCUGCGCUUAGAUCCGGAAGCUUUCAAGAAUGACAACCCUGCUGCGGCUUCGACAGAAAAGGCCUAUCCCAAUUUCAGACUGGGGCUUACCAUAGCGGAAGCCAUGGUACAAGCGGGCGCACAAGUGCACUGCUUCGAUCGAUUAGACACUCCUCACCCCGAUUUCGCAUUAUCGCAAGAAGCGUCCAACAACCUGGAGGGGUCAAUACAUUACCACCACGUCGACGUGCGAGACAGAGAACACCUGAACAAGACGAUCAGUAAGAUCACCAGAGAACACGGGCAGAUCGAUGGACUGGUAGCAGCCGCGGGCAUUCAGCGUGUCAAAGACGCGGUAGACCACACUCCCCAAGAUGUCGCGGACUUGAUGGACGUCAACUUCACGGGCGUCUUCAUGUCUGCCAACGCCGUCGCGCAGCAGAUGAUGCAGACCGAGCGGCCGGGAUCCAUUGUGCUCGUGGCCAGUAUGUCAGGAAUGAUUGCUAACAAGGGUCUGACCUGUCCUGCAUACAACGCCUCCAAGGCAGCAGUCAUUCAGCUCACGCGGAAUCUGGCGAUGGAAUGGGGAAAGCAUGGAAUCCGAAACUUCGAGGAGGUUCCCGGCUUGAAAGAAACAUGGGAGAAGGAGAAUAUGCUAGGCCGACUGGCGGUUCCUGAAGAGUUCACAGGCGCCACUAUCUUCAUGCUCUCACCCGCAAGCAGUUUCAUGACGGGAAGCUGUCUUGUCGUUGACGGUGGACAUACAGCUUGGUAAAGGACCGUGUAAUUAUAUUUGAUGAGUUAGAUACUGUAUGAUAUGAUAUCCUGCGAGCAAUAAUAUAGCAUCUUGUCU